AUGGCAGUGCAGCGAAUGUGUUUUGGGGGACAGACAAAUGCUUGGUUCUACCUUGGUUGCUGUGGGUCGACCUGGAUCCGACCUCAUUAUCACUCUGAACUUCGGCAAGCUGACUGGUCAGAGCGCGGCUUGAACCAGAAACCUUUAAAAGCAAUUGAACAGUGUCAAAGCUUGAUUUGUUGUGGAAUGGAUUUGUUGUCAGCCCAUUUUGGCAACUUUGUGGAUUCGCGCUCCUUUUGUCAAACGUUGCCCUCUGCUUGCGGCACUUGCAGUCUGGUGCACGCUAUCCACCAUCUACUAUCCAAAGUGUUCAUGUGUAUUCAAAUCACAUACUCGAUUUGUUCAAGUCAGUUCAAGUCAGGCUGCACAGUUCAAGGUGUUUGCUCCAAACGAUUUCUUUAG